UUGGCGCACUUUAGUGGCAUCAUAAUUCACAGCAAUGAAGGGGCUGAAAACGCACCUCCAUCUCUCUCCUCAAACUCACACAGUCGUCAAUGGCUGGGCGAACUAAACAAGCAAUUGAACCCUAAGCCCCUUCCUUCCAUGGCCUCUUCGUCGUCGUCGUCUCGUUUUAGUUACAAAAAGAUCUCUAUGUUCGUUUCGAUCGUUUUGAUUAUAAAUAUUGUCGUUCUGCUGAGCAAAUCGUCGAACAUGUGGAGCAUAGUUGGAAUCAAUGCCCAUUCCAACAAUCUUUACUCCAUCGAAGUAGUCAACGAGUUCCCUCACGACCCCAAACCCACUCAGGGGCUUCUUUACGGAGGAAACGAUACCCUACUUGAGUCAACGGGGCUUUACAGGCAGUCAACAGUCCGUAAAGUAGCUAUUCAAACCGGGAAGGUUGAGGCACUUCAAAAAAUGGAUGAUUCUCAAUUUGGAGAGGGUUUAACUCUUCCUGGUGAAAGGUUGUAUCAAGUAACUUGGUUGAAGAAAACUGGUUUCAUAUAUGAUCGAUAUAAUUUAAGCAAAUUGGAUAAAUUUACUCAUCAGAUGCAAGAUGGUUGGGGGCUAGCAACUGAUGGGAAAGUUUUGUUUGGAACUGAUGGAACUUCAAUGUUGUAUCAGAUUGACCCUCAGACAUUUAAAGUCAUUGGAAAAAGAACUAUCCGGUACAAAGGGCAUGAAGUGCAUAACCUCAAUGAACUAGAAUAUGUAAAUGGUGAAGUUUGGGCAAAUGUAUGGCAGUCGAUUAUGAAGCAUAAGCAGCUAUUGGAGCUCAAAUGGGAAUCUAAAGCUGCUAUUGAAGCUGAAUUAUGUUUGAUUGGGACUCGGCUAUUGAAGUUCUCAUCAAUGCAUGUGUUUGAUUUGGGCCAACUGAUUUCCUGCGGGCAAUAAGCUACCAGGGUAAGUUUUUCUGCAGGGGUCAAAUGCCUCUGUAUAUGAUUGUUAUUGCAGCUUAUAAACACCCUGAUGUGAAAUCAGCUUAUAACAAUGUAAUCUGAUCAGUUGUGUUUCACAAAGUAAGUGUUCUUACCUGAUGUCGAUUUUUGAAAGCACCGAUUCGAUUGUUAGUGAUAAAUCUUAAUAACUGAUAUUCUGCCUUUUUUUAUUUAUACUAUUCUUAUCUUCUAGAAAUUGGUUAAGUGAUUCUUAUUUUGGUGUAAACUUGAUACAGACACUCAGAAAAUGCAACAAUUAUCAUUUAUUUCGGUGAAUAAAUUUUGUUCUCUCUCUUGGACUAUAAGCAAGUCUCCAUUUAUUGGAUUCUGCAAUUGCAUGUUGGCAUGAGUUUUAGCCUUUUACUACCAAUGGAAAAAAUAAUUAUGAGUAUGCUUAACACAAUUACGGACUCCACUAAUUUGAGCUUUUUGUGGUCAUGGUAAUUUCAGAACUUUUCCUUUAUUGGUAAAUUAGAUAAAAGAAGGAAAAAAGUUAAGUACUUGUGACCAUUCAAAUUUAAGUAUAUAGGUUCUUCCUCCCCUGUAAUUUAGCUGAGGCCUAAACUAAAAUUUCGAAAUGCAAGCUAUCUUUCAAAAAUUUAUAAACUUAACAACCAAAGGGCCUCUAGCCCACUGGUAUGCUCUCUUUCAACAACCCCAAUCCCCGAGAAGGGGAAGUUGUGAGUCCCACUAGGGACAUAUUGCGGAUAACGAAUGAGUUUUUGCUUCAACUUCAAAAAAAAAAAACAAUGAAAAUAUGCACUUAAUAAAUUGAAUGACAGAACUAUUGUUAGCUUUUAAUUUUAUUUAUUUUCGUUUUUUUGGUAUUCUAUUUUCAGGUUGCUUGAAGAAUAUGAUAACACAUGCAGAAUGGUUGUCUAGAAUUUUAUGAUCUUUUUCUAUUUCCUUAUGGUUUAAUGUUUAUGUUAAGGAUGCAUGGCAGUUAAAAUACUUUAUAAGGUUAAGUGCAAAUAACCCCUCCUUAUAUAUAAAAUGUGCAAAAAACACCCCUACUAGUUAAUAAGUGCAUAUAAAUCCCCAUAUUUUCAAAGUUUGGAGCAAAUUGCCCCCUAUUUGUCAAUUUUGACCCCCUUUUUUUUUAUUUAUAAAAUUCCCAAAAAUGCCCUCACUGCUGAUGUCAGCAAAAAAGUUAAAUAAUUAAAUAACUCAUAGGCCUCGAUUUACUUUCUGUCUAUAUAUAUAUAUAUAUAAUAUAUAUCCCUCUCCCAAUUCUCUCUCCUGACCACCUACUGCCGCCACCUCCCCCCACCACUUCCUCCACCACCAUGAACAUCAUCCAUUAACAGUACCACCCACCGCCCAGCUCCAACCCACUGCCCAAUGUUACUCCUUUGAGACGUCUUUGUGGUGGGUUUGGCCAUCACCUUUGCUUCCUUUGGUAAGCUUGAUUGGCACCUGCUUCACCACUGCCUCUGUCGACCUUAUGCUGAGAUUGCAAACUUAGUGAUUCAACUAAAUGUCCAUAGACCAUGAAACCUAAUCACUGAAUAAAGAAAGCAAUUGGAACCUCCCAAAUAAUCAAUUAAAAAUGAACCUUCUUUACCCCUCAAAGGACUACUGAGAACAUUCUAGAGCAUAAUCGGUUAUCAACUUAUCAUAUAGACUAAAAUGAAACAAUUAGAUAGACACAUUAAUUCUAUUGCAAAACUAUAAGAUAUGGACACAUUAAUUCAUCCGAGACUUAAAGUAAUCGGUUUAUGGACUAUAAGAUAUGGAUAUAUGGACGUUAAGUAAUCGGGUUCACAUCUGGAUGAAAGAUCUACUCAUUGGUAACUAUGGUGGCUCCAUGGAUUCCCGUGGCUAUGGCGUCCAUUGAUUCUGGCAGCAAUUCGCUGGUGGUUGUGAGGUGGGAAUGGUGGUGAUGAUGAUGGGGAUGGUGGUGCGGUGGCGGCCGUGGUUGUGGUGAUGUUGCCGUCUCUGGUUCUGUUGACGUUGCACCGCUGAUUGUGGUGACGGGUAAACACAGAGAUCUGGGGAAGAAGGGUUGGUUUUUGAAAUUACUUAUAUGUCUAUAUUUUUAAUGAUGUGGCAGGUUCUAUUGGGGCUUUUUUUGUCCAAUUAAAAUGGAGACAAGAUUAUCAUCCCGUGAAGACAUUGAACCAGACAUUUUUAAAUCUUUCGAAGGGGACAGUGGACGCCAUGUUGUGUUGUUGGAGCCUACUGCGUGCCAAAGAAACAAAACUUGCUACAUAGCCAAUUUGUACUUCCUUGCCUUUGCAGUAGAGAGGAUUUUAAUUCAUUAAUUAAGAGGGAGAGGUCCUUCAUCUUACUGAAAUAAUAAUAGGAUAGUAGGAUAAUAGUACUUUUAAUUGGUGAAUUCUAAUAUAUAUAUAUUUUUUUCACAAGUGGUGAAUUCUAAUUAUUGUUUACACGGUGGGCAUAUAAGCAUGUAUUAGAGUUGAUUUAGCAGCAUGUAAAAACCUCUCAAUCUCCCAUCGAAAUAUAUUUGACAUAUAUGUGUUGUUAGCGCUAAAUAAAUAAAAGCAUGUCGUUGAUUAGGAAUCAUAAGCAGCUAUUGGAACUCAAAUGUGUUUGUUCGAUUAGGGCUUAUGGAGAAAUUUUGAUCUCCUGCAGAUAGAUGAUUUUCUAUUUCUUUGCUUGGUUGUUGUGAAAUGAAAUGGAACUUGUGCUAGAUGAUUUUUUUGGCUUUUGUAAGAACUCUUUGCAUAGAGAAAAGAAAUUUGGCUUUCCUUGAUGUUUAUUGUAAUUUACACAAUACUCUUGUAUAGGUUGGAUAGCAGAGUUCUUCAAACAAGUGCAACAUUUAUCAUUCAAUUUUUUUAGCUUAGCGUGAAUAUGGUUAUAUUAGGAGUUAUUUAUCUUGGAAGAAAAUUUAUCUCAUCAUACAUGAAUGAGCAAAAGAUAAAUACAUUGUCAGGUUCUGCUUCAAUUCAGUAUGGAGUCACUUCAGAAAAUCAUCUCCCAUGAAAGACAGGCAGACUAGCAGCAUACUUUAGCAAUUGUAUGAUUCAAAUUGAAUGGUUGAUGACGGACCUUCACAAGUGUAGUUGUAGUUGACGUUUGUAAUCAAUGCUGGUGGUAACAACCAUUUUUGUAUAAGAACCUUAGUUCAGUUAUUUUUGUGCAAAGCAUUGUAAUUUUGGUCUUAAGGACCUUAGUCAUGUAAUCUUGACUCGUUGAACUCUUGGUAUAAUUUUGGGCAUGUAAAUGACGAUAAUGAUGACUAUGUUCAUGUUAAAA